UGUCACAACAACAAAAAAAAUAAAUAAAAACAAAGCGUACUGAAUUAUUUAUAUUUAUAUCAAUUAACUGAACUAUACAUAAUUAAUUUGAUCGUUUGUGACGUAAUAUGGUAAUUUUCAUCUCCAGUGGGUCCGUUUUAACGGUUGUCAGUGAAUUAUAUCGCGCUUAAACCUCUUUAAAACGAAUACAGCAUGAGUGUCAAGGGAAGUAAAAUGAAAAACCGAAGAAAAAUGAUCACGCCGGUUUUCCAUGUGCAAACUCAAGUCGAAGACGAGCAGCACUUCACUAAGGAGUUCAUUAAAGAAGUGAAAAGAACCGGAGUGAUAAAUUUGCAUGGGAAACAUUUGUCCACGGUUCCAGACAAACUGUUCGGGAUGCACGAGGAGCCUGGAUAUAUACCCGAUCCCAUACUGGAAUUCCCAAGUAAUGAUCAUCAAGACAUUCCUUGGUGGCUGCAUAAGCCCCUGACAAGCCUAGACCUUAGUUCUAACGUUAUAACAGAAAUACCAAAUAAAAUAUGCAUGUAUGGGGAUGGACUAACCUAUUUGAAUUUGCAAGAUAAUUGUCUAAAAAACUUACCGCAGGAUAUAACCUAUUUAAAAGACUUAACCAAACUGAUAUUAAACCGUAACAAAUUAACUGAAUUGCCUAAAGAUAUUUACAAAAUGGGUGAGUUGAGGCUGUUGAGUUUUAACCAUAACUGUAUAGAGCAGUUGCCUAAUAGUUUGGUGGAUCUGGUAAUGCUAGAAAAGUUGGAAAUGUCCAGUAAUAAAAUCAAAAAACUCCCAUCGGGCAUGGGUUACUUGGUCCGUCUAGUCGAACUGGAUGUGUCCAAUAAUAAAUUGACUGAACUACCACCAGAUAUUGUAAAUUUAAGAAGUUUAACCGUGUUAAACAUAAACCACAAUGAAAUAACACACUUACCGGAAAGCCUGGGGGAAAUGAGGAAAUUGCAAAUCUUGUAUGCCCAGCAUAAUCGUAUUGAAAUUAUUCCAGACUUUACCGGCUGUGACUUUAUCCAGGAAAUCUACUUUGGGAAUAAUUGUAUUAAGGAACUCCCGCUAGACUUGUUCGACAACUUGCAACAUCUAAAAAUCUUCGAGCUCCGCGACAAUAGAAUCUCGAUUUUACCCCCGAAAGUUGUCAACCUGAUGCAGCUCACCAAACUGGACCUCACCAAUAACGCAUUAGAAGAGAUCCCUUGCGUCCUAAGUCUCCUGCCGCACCUCCAAUCCCUAAAACUAGAAGGGAAUCAAUUGAAGAGCAUCCGAUCGGACGUUAUUCGCACGGGGACACAAAGAAUUAUGCAAUUCCUUAAGGAAAAACUGACCGAAGAGGACUUGGAGAUGUUGCCGAUGGGUCUUUCUUGUGUACCCGCCGAUGAAUCGGUGUUUCCUGACAGGCAUAGAAUGCGACACGGCAACAUCUUAAAUUUGGCCAUGAAGGACCUGACCUUCGUACCCGAGGAAGUGUUCCGUGAUGCCAAAGAGGUGCGAGUGUCCACGGUGGAUUUGUGUAAAAAUAAGUUCACCCAAGUGCCUGACGGGCUUCUGGGGCUCUCAGACUGGCUCACGGAACUCAAUAUGUCCUCGAAUCACCUCAAGGAGGUGCCCAGCACGUUUGCGAAUUUUACUAAGUUAAAAUUCCUGGACUUAAGUCGAAAUAUGCUCUCUGGAUUACCAAACGAGCUGGAAAUCCUUGUGGGCUUAAGAGAGUUGAUUUUGUCCAACAAUCGUUUCACGAAAAUUCCCCAAUGUGUAUACGGGAUGGUCGGCCUGGAGGUUUUGAUGUUUAACGACAACAGUUUGGAGGAAAUCAACGUCGAGGGUCUCAAGCAAUUGACCAGAUUGGCAACGUUGAGUUUGGGCAAUAAUAAUAUUUGUUAUGUGCCUCCCGAGUUGGGAUACAUGACGCAAUUAAGAUGUUUGGAACUGAGAGGAAACAGUUUUCGUCAGCCACGUUACGCCAUUUUGGAUAAAGGAACCGAGUCGAUUUUGUCGUACCUUAGGGACAAAAUAGCCGUGUAAACACUGUAUACUUUUGCCAUAAGUUUGUUGCUUUUUCUAGGUUAGGUUUUUAACAUAAGUGGUGGCUCGGAAGGUCAUUUUUAGGGAUUUUUUGAAUUUGUUUUUUCUCCCAGAUUUGGGGAGACCAAUUUAUUAUGUUUAUUGUGAUUGUGUUGUUAUACUUUUGGUAGCUUUAGGUAAUUUGCCAUAGUGCUUCUAGUUGUGAAAGAAAAUACAUUUUAGUAUUAAGUAGACAUUGAAACACCCUGUAUAUACAGUAAUAAGGGGUAAUUUUAGGAUUAGUGUCAGAAGUUAAUUUAGGCUUAGCAGUUCAAAGAAAUAAUGACCAUUAAAUUUUUACCUUAAGGCCACUGUGCCAUAUUAACAUGAUGCCCAAAUGCUCAAAUAAAUGUUUAAUGCAAA